UCAAAAUGGCGAAGAAAAGGUCUAUCGAAGAAGUGGAAACUUCUAAUAAUUCUGAUGGAGUACAGCCGAAGAAAAAGAAAACGAAAAAGGGAAAAUGGACAAACAAACAACGCGUGUUGGUGUUCUGUUCACGUGGUAUAUCACACAGAGCAAGGCAUCUUAUGCUGGAUAUACAGACAUUGUUGCCCCAUUCAAAAUCCGAAACUAAACUUGACCGCAAAGACAAACUUUUCAUUGUCAAUGAGGUCUGUGAAAUGAAGAAUUGUUUUAAAUGUGUCUUUUUUGAGAUGAGAAAAGGACAAGACCUUUAUAUGUGGUUUUCUUGUACACCACAGGGACCAUCUGCCAAGUUUUUAGUUGAAAAUGUGCACACAAUGGAUGAACUUAAAUUAACAGGAAAUGCACUGAAAGGAUCAAGACCAAUAUUAUCAUUUGAUCAGCAUUUUGAUAAAACACCUCAGCACUCGCUUUUGAAGGAAAUGUUCAUUCAGAUUUUUAGUACUCCUUGUUUUCAUCCCAAGAGCAAACCAUUUGUGGAUCAUGUUUUAUCUUUCUCAGUAGAAGACAACAGAAUUUGGUUUAGAAAUUUCCAGAUAGUCGAGGAAGAUGGAUCACUGCUGGAAAUUGGUAUGUUUUUUUCUUUCACCAAUCUUUCCUCUCCCAAGAUCUCUUUAGUUAUUCUCUUUUCUGUCUGCCAUAAAUUUCCUAUGCUGUUACUUCAGAGAAUUUGGCUUUGGAGCAGCUAAUAAUCAAUCGGCGAA